UCAACAUUGACAAUGAGCUGUCAAACAAAGACAGCGGUCCAUCGCAUAUAGGCCCACAAACGGCCACGACUGUUCUCGCCAGCAAACCCAGCAAACACACGCCGAUGCACACCGAGUGUCCAUCCGAGACGUCGCGGCCUCACUCGUGCCUUCCCUCACACAUGUUUGCGCCGUCGCUCCUUCCCGCGCAACGCCCCCAACCUCACCAUGUUUUCGUCACCUAUUCGACUGGCACCUCCCCUGACGCCUCGCCGUGUCCCUUCGCCCAGCAUGUCGCCAGGCGGCCGACGGGGACGGACACUCAACAGCUCUGACGAGAGCCACCUCCGCGACCUGUCACCCAACACGACCCUACGCGCCUUCACCCAGGUGCCCAUGCCCUUCGAUACUACGCGCGACGAAUACAAGUUCUUCGCCUGCGUCGAAAACCUCACGGCCGCCGAGCGCGAUCUUGGCACACGCGUGGCCAAGGCUGCACAGCGCCUGAAGAGCUGGUGCGCCGAAAUUGAACAAUGGGGCUGGUCAGGCAGCUUCGAGCAGCCCUCCGACGAGUUCCGGAAGCAGCGGAGAACAAGCCUCGAGGCGCGCAUCAGAGAGCAUGUCUCUGAUGCUGACGUCACCGCGACGACCGUGCAGCCACUGGAAUACCUGGGCUCGCUGUUGCUGGGCGACGUGCAGUCGCACGAGGCCCGCCUGGACGAUAUACAGGAGGAGAUGCUGAAGCUGGACGUCGACGAGCUGAAGGAGCACGUGCUGGACAUGUUCCCCUCAGGCAGACCGUCCUCUGCUGGCUUCGGCGCCGGCCGCGACUACAAGCCCAUGGACGAUUUUUCCUUCCUCAUCACCCAGACCCUCCUCUCCGCCUUGCCCAAUCAUGCCCGCCUCAAAGAGCGACUGCUUACAUGGACAUCACGUGUCUCCAUCCUCCGCGAAGCCCCUCGAUUUAAAGACGACCUUAGCACAGCGCAGAAGGCGAUGCAGCUGGGAUGGGACGCCAUUGAACCGCCCCGAGACGACUCUGACGACACUUUCGACAGGUGGAAGGACGCCAUAGACACCAUCAACCGCGUCCUUCGGGGCAAGGUUAGCGACCUCGGAAGACGUCUGGACAGAAUGCUCGACACACUCGAAGGGCGUGAAGACUGUCUGCCUGACGACUGGGUAGACGUCUUCGAGGGCGUAGAGGGCGAUUACGGACGCUGGGCGCAUGACUCGGCCAGCAGAAUUAUCGAUUUUGAUGUUCGCAGGAAAGGCGGUCCCAGAAAGACCAGAGCUCAGCUUGAGAGCAUGUCCAGGAAUCUGGAGCCAAAUACCGUGAAUCCAAAACAAACGACUCUCGCCCUUCACGACACAAACGACCUCGAUGCACGCACCACCAAUCCUCUGCCACGAACACAAACGGACGCAAAUCUGCCCACAAUCUCCGUUCACACUCCCGACGUAACAAUUGAUAGGAACUUCGUGAAUACUGCAGUUGAUCGUAGUGACGCUUCCAACUCGAACUUCGAUGUUGCACAACACGAGACUUACUCGGAAGGAGGACUGUCUUCUUACGACGAAGAUGACGAGUUCGACGAGGGUGACACAAUAGUCCACAAGGAGGUAGAUGAGCGCUCAGAAGAAUCUACCAGCAUUCUUCCUGCAUCUGACGAUUCCUCGACUACUCAACACGUGGUGGAAGAGGAGCUACAAGACUUUGACACAGUCCAACCUAGGUCAGGAAUUCUACUUGAUUCUCCAGUCAUCAUGUCGACUAUCGAACACGAUACCCCCGCCGCAAAACAACCGCAUACGCCACGCUCGAGGAGGGGCAGCGUUGGUUCUCUAUCAUCUGAGCCCUCUUUGGACUCUAGUUCCCCCAGCGUCGUUGAGGAGUCACCAUCAGUACGCAACGCUACCAACCGCCACGUCAGGGCGCCUCGUCCGGAGCUAAACGCUGUAAUGUCAAAACGGCGUCCCCUUAAAACCACAGCGGAUCAUGAUAUCGUGAGCGCUCCAUGGCCACCGUCACAGUUCAGCCAGAAACUAUCGAACAGCAAUGAAGAUCUUGAACGAAAGAUAUCUGACAUCCUGACGACUAUUCCUGCCCAUAUUCGUCUCACCUCAGGUCCAGGUGCAGACGCUCCCGAGGUCAAAUCCGCACGUCGUAUCACGCACAAAACUAGUAAGGGGUAUCUUCGUGCUGGUCGCUCCGCAAGUGGUGUCAAGUUCCCCGAGCUUACCCUAUCGCCUGCAAAACAUGAUACCGACUCAGCUAGCGCGAAUUCAGGCAGGAAGUCUGCAGCAGCAAGAGGAGAUAACGAUAUCAAGUUGUAUCACCUGACGCAGCCUGGUAAGGAGCAACCCGCUAAGCUAUUCAUUCGCCGUGUUGGAGAGAACGGCGAGCGCGUCAUGGUCCGAGUUGGCGGUGGUUGGGCAGACCUGGGCGAGUACCUGCGUCAGUACGCCGAGCACCACGGCCGUCGAACAGUCAGCGAGAGCAGAUUCGAGAUCCAUGGCAUGGAAGUCAAGAAUCCCGGUAGCUCACCUGUCAGGACUGAAAGCGCAAUGAGCAAGCGAGAAAGGCCAUUCAACGGCGGUCGUGCACAGACUGUCAGCCCACACACGACGCCCGUCCAAUCUUCAGGUAUAGGUUUCGCAAGAGAAGAUCCACCACCGCCGAUGCCCAGGAUGCCAAGUUUCUCCAGCUUCUCAACCACGCCGGGUGUUCCUGAGGAACUGCCUGGCUCUUCGCCGAGCCCCUCUCAGCGCUACUGGCAGGGCAAGGAAGUUGGACUCGCGGGCCCCAAAGCGAAGAAAAUGGACCUCAGUGGAGACAAAUUGGAGUGGAUCGAGGGCAUGAUGAAGCUGGCAAAGCAGCCGCGUAGCGCGAGCACUAGCAGUCUCGUCGCUGCAUCUCACACGCCACUGCAGCGCGAGGAUAGAGCUGACAGCCGGAACGAAAGUCGCCCUGGUAGUCGUGCGGGUCCGAAACGGGCCGAAUUUGUGGAUUUGGGCAAAGUCGGAGGCACGAAGAGAAUUUUUCUCAAAGAAGGGCCGCCGUCUUUUAGUGAGUAGUGAGCGGAGGGAGGGGUUGUUCGUGUACGAAGUGUUUCUAUCUUGGGAUUCGUGUUUGUUUUUUUCUUCUUCUUCUUUGUUCUUCUCCAGAUCUUCUUGUGUUCUCCUUCUUCUUCUUCCGUAAGCUUCAUAGGGGGCUGACGCAAAAGCGAGCGCGGCAUUUUUUGGACACGGAAUUAUACGGCGUUUGGUUGGCAUGGUUCGAUUAGGUCGGCUGGUCUAGGUGGAUGGAGGUGCAUAUACCCAGGAUAUUCUCUACGCACGGUGCUGGUCUCGUCAUUGUAGUUAAAGAUUUUCAUCUCCUUGUGUCGUUUGGUAUAACGAUAGGAGAGGAGAGAGGAAGAGAUGUUGAGGAAUGUAAGACUUUGAGGCGUUGCUCAAU